AUGUCUGAGGGCCCCAGCACGGAAGUCGAGGCUCAGGUGGACUUGACGGUGCACCCCAGCGGCAUCGUUCCGCAGCUUCAGAAUGUUGUUGCCACCGUGAAUCUGGAGUGUAAGCUGGACCUCAAGGACAUAGCGCUGCGGGCGAGGAACGCAGAGUACAACCCCAAGCGCUUUGCCGCUGUCAUCAUGAGGAUCCGCGAGCCCAAGAGUACAGCGCUCAUCUUUGCAUCUGGCAAGAUGGUCUGCACAGGAGCCAAGAGCGAGCAGGAGUCGCGAUUGGCGGCACGAAAGUAUGCCCGCAUUCUACAAAAGCUGGAGAACCCCGUGAUCUUCAAGGAGUUCAAGAUUCAAAACAUGGUGGGCUCCUGCGAUGUCCGCUUUCCCAUCCGGCUGGAAGGCCUGGCGAGCUCCCACAGCGUCUUCUGCUCAUACGAGCCAGAGCUGUUCCCAGGCCUGAUCUACCGGAUGGUGGACCCCAAGAUCGUCCUGCUCAUCUUUGUUUCAGGCAAGGUUGUCCUUACGGGGGCCAAGCGAAGGGAGGAGAUCUACCAGGCUUUUGAGAACAUCUACCCCGUGCUCAAGGAGUUUAUCGAGGGGGUGUCUGUGAUGGGCACAGAGACCCCACAGCCCCUCCCUUCCUGGGGCGGGUGGCUCGAAUAG